ACAUGAUAAACCAAAGGUGAUUGGUGUUUUUAAUUCUAAAAACACCGGAAGAUUUGAUCUGAUAAAUCAACGAUUGAAACGAAAGUCAGGAUAUUUAAUACGUUUCACAGGUUUUGAUAAAUUUGAAAAUAAGCUUUCUUCUUUAAAAGAUUUGCGUGGACGAGAAGGCGAUGAGUUUACUAUAUUUGGUUUACUUACUUGCUCCGAAGGAAAAUAUCAACUCGAAGAUAGGGAUUGGCAAAUUUGA